CCAGGCUCGCCACAUAAACCCCUGCUUCUCCCCUGUCUCUCUCCGACAAUCUUCUAGCGCUCUCCUCUUCGUCUUGCCCCCUUCCCCCUCCUCCGCCGGAACUAGGGUUUUGGCGGUCCUCGCCCGUCCCCCUCGGGAUCCAUCACCAUCAGCCAUGGACGACACGGCCGAGCUGCAGCGGUUCAUCGAGCAAGAGAAGGAGAAGAUGAUGGUGAGCGAGAUGAUCGGCAAGGUGACGAGCGAGUGCUGGGACAAGUGCAUCACAGGCGCCCCCGGGAGCAAGCUGAGCUCUGGCGAGACCAGCUGCCUGAGCAACUGCGCGCAGAGGUUCGUCGACAUGAGCGAGAUGAUCGCGAAGCGUUUCGGCGCGCACUAGAACAGGACCACCACACAUGCACGCGUGCAGUUGCUUCCUGGCCUUCUGAGCUACGUGUCUUUCGGUGCGAGCGGAUUUUGGUGUGGCGUUGAAAGAUGCAUAGGUAAGGUAGGUUCGGUGGGGGUUUAACUGAACGCCGAAGACCGAAGUAUGCCUGUCGUUGUCGUCGUGCUUGGUAGUAAUUCUCGCACUCUGGGUUGAACUUUUGACCCUGCUUCCAGGAGCAAGCAAGAAGUUUGGCCUGUUUUAACACGCCAAGAUUUUGUUCCUUUUCGUUUGGUCCUCCUGGCUAGUUCGGUCCGUCUGCCCAACCUAUUUAUUUAUUUAUUCAGAAGAUUUGCUGGA